AUGGAAAACAAAAUUAAUAAAUUAUGUGAGAUUUGUGGCCAUAAAGCGAAAAGCCUAAAUUUUGGUGUCAUAUGUUGUGAGCCGUGUAAAUCAUUCUUCAGGAGAAAUUUACACAAACCGAAGCCAUUCAUUUGUGUAUUCAAUGAUAAUUGCAUUAUAAGUGCGGAUACAAGAAAUGAUUGCAAAAAGUGUCGUUUGAAUAAAUGCCUUUCUCUCGGAAUGAAAUGCAAUUUUCAAAGCAAUGAAAAUGAGAUACAAAUAAUUGAAUGCAAAAUAACUGAAAGGCAGAGCAAUUCAGGCGAGAAAAGUGAUGGUGAAAGUGAAGAAAGUUAUAAUGAAUAUACAGAUUAUGAUAGUAUUGUCCAACAAAUUGACACAAUUAUAGUAAACGCCAAUAAAGAGGGCUAUAAUUCAGCACUCAUUCCGAUAUCUAAACCCCUCACCGAUUAUAACGGCUUAAGACAACUGGAGUUCAGACGUAUAUCGGAAGCGAUCGGCGCCUCAAAGGCUUUCAUUGAACCGAUGGCUAAAAAUAUAUACAAAGUGAGGGAUAAAAUUGAAUUUCUUGCCAUUAAAUCGCAAAUGAAUGAUAAAUUGGCCAAAAAUACCAUCAAAUAUACAAAAGGUUUAAAGGGUUUCGCGGAUCUCAGGCCUGAAGACCAGUACUCGUUGUUUAAAUACGGAUGCAUUCAAAUUAUUUAUAUCAGACAACUCACACAUUACAACCAAAAUACACGCUAUUUUAUCAUGAAUAUGUUAACGGCGAUAAUACUCUUUGAUCCAAAUCGACCCAAUUUAAUACAUAGGGAUAUAAUUAGACUCGAACAACAACUGUAUAUAUAUUUACUGCAAAGAUAUCUACUAUUAAAGUGCGGAUCGGAAUCGGAAUCACAAACAAAAUUACAGACAUUUAUGACUUCAUUGAAAGACUUGGAAGCGAUUCAUGACAUCCAGAGAUGGGAGUUAACUAAAGACUGGGAAUAUCCAAAUCCUACAUUAAUAACACCAAAGUCUGUGAAGUUUGCGGAGAUAAGGCUUAUUGUAAGCCGAAAUUAUGGUGCAAUUAGUUGUGCGUCUUGUAAGGCAUUCUUCAGACGAAAUUCAUUUAAACAUAAGAAAUUCGUUUGCAUUUUAAACGAUGAUUGCCUGUUAAGUAUUGAAACAAGAAAUAACUGCAAAAAAUGUAGAAUUGACAAAUGUUUUCAAAUAGGAAUGAAAAAGGAAAUAAUCCGACAAAAGGAGAAUAAUGAAAUAAUAGAAAAUCAAUUUUCAAAUCAAAAACAUAUUUCACAAAUGAAUAGUAGUUUGACAUCACUUUCCGAUGAAAGUCAAGACGAUUUAUGGGAACUGAUCGAUGAUAUCAUUGAUUGUAAUACCGAUAGCAGUGAUGAUGUCUUCGCACUACAAGUGAUGGAUAUCAACACAACAGACACAGCAUUACUCCCGAUAUCCAAACCCCUCACCGAUUAUAACGGCUUAAAACAACUGGAGUUGAGCCGUAUAUCGGAAGUGAUCACUGCGUCCACUGUUUUCAUGAGUUCAUUGCCUAAAAAUAAUAAUGACACAACACUUGUGGCCAAUUAUGAAACAUAUACCAAGAUAUGCAAAGAUGAUUGGUUCUUACUCGAACAACAA